AUGGGUUUGUUAAAAGAUGAUCGUGAAUUCAUUGAUGCCAUACAUAAUGUAGCGACACUUUCAUCUGGUGCAAUUGUCAGGAACUUAUUUGUUUCAUACUUACUUGGAAACACACUAAGUAAUCCUUUGAAUGUCUGGAAUAAAACUUGGCUUGAACUUGCUGACGAAAUUCAGUAUGAUCUGCGAAAAACUCAUCACAAACCAGAUUUGGUUAUUGAAGAACACCAGCUUAAGGACCUUUGUUUAAUGGAGAUGGAGAAAAUUUUGAUGGUUAAUGGGAAGUCUCUUAAGGAUUACCCUGGCAUGCCCUGUGUUAAAUCAACCACAAUAAAUGAGUACGGCAAUAUAUUGCUACUCAAUGAACUCAACUUUGAUGUCGUAGAGAUGAGUCGGUUACAUAAUGAAUGCUUUCUCAGAUUAAACGGAGGUCAGUCAAAAGUUUAUGAGGAAAUUAUGAAUGCUGUCAAUGUUGCAAAUGGUGCAUCAAGUGGAAUAGCAUCUCUUUUACUCCCAGGUGGCCGAACGACACAUUCAUUAUUUUCUAUUCCUCUUUCUUUAAAUGAGGAUUCCUGUUGCGGUAUACCACUAGGAAGUCCAAAAGCUGAAUUGUUACAACUUGCUAGCCUAAUCAUUUGGGAUGAGGCACCAAUGGUUAGUCGUUAUGCUUUUGAGGCUUUAGAUAGGACUUUUAGGGAUAUUAUGAGGUUCAAAAUUGAAGGUGGUUCUGAAAAACCAUUUGCUGGAAAGGUUGUUGUUUUAGGUGGCGAUUUUAGACAGAUUCUACCUGUGAUUCCUAAAGGAAGACGAGCAGAGAUAGUUAUGUCAACCAUUAACUCAUCCAGGCUAUGGAGAUUUUGCAAGGUUCUAACUUUAACUGAGAACAUGAGGUUGAUGAACAACUCAACCUCCCGAGACAAUGCAGUAAUUAAAGAUUUGCAAAAUAUUGUCCAUUUUAUGUACCCCGACAUUCUUCAAAAUGUUGGUUGUAACAAAUACUACUGUGACAAGGCAAUACUUGCUCCAACUCUGGAUGCUGUUGAUUCAAUUAACCAAUAUGCAUUGUCACUAUUUCCUGGGGAUGAAACAACUUACCUUAGCUCUGAUUCAGUCUGGAGGGUGAAUGAUGAUAUUGGUAUUGAAGCUGAUUGGUUAACAACAGAGUUUUUAAAUGGUAUUAGAUGUUCUGGAAUUCCUGAUCACAAAUUAGUUCUUAAAAAAGGUGCACCUGUUAUGCUCAUGCGAAAUCUUGACAUUUCUAUUGGUAUGUGCAAUGGUACGAGACUUAUUGUUGACUAUCUUGGACCAAAUGUGAUUGGUGCAAUUGUUCUUUCUGGCACACACAAUGGAAAGAUUAUUUACAUUUCUAGGAUGAAUUUGAUGCCAUCUGAUGAAAGCAUGCCAAUUAAGUUUCAGAGAAGACAAUUUCCUUUGAUUGUAUCUUUUGCGAUGACUAUAAACAAAAGUCAAGGACAAUCAUUAGCUCAAGUCGGUGUCUAUCUACCAAAGCCAGUUUUCUCUCAUGGCCAAUUGUAUGUUGCUAUUUCCAGAGUUCAAAGUCGGUCUGGACUCAAGAUAUUAAUAUGUAAUGAAGACACUAAUGACCAAGAUGCUACAAAGAACAUUGUCUUCAGGGAAGUUUUCCAAAAGAUUUACUUGAAUUAG